AUUUGGAUUGGUAAUGUUCUCAAUAAAAGCUAUCUUCACUGGCGGCGAUCCUACUGACCGCGACCAGCACAAUUCGUACCCGGUUUUGACCAACGCUCCCCCAGCGUUCUGCCUGGACGCUCCAGAUCAAUCUCGGACUCUCUCUCCCGCACGUUGCUCCUCUGCAUGCUCAUAUUGUCUCCUACCCAGGCCCUCAGUCAUGACUCUACUUCUCAUAGCAACACUGCUGGCCUCAGGUCUGGGCAGUCUCUCCUCCUCUGUGCCACAUCAGUUCCAUGUGGUGAAGGAACAGAAGAGCUGGACAGAAGCUCAGCAGUACUGCAGAGAGGAGUUCACUGACCUCGCCACCAUAGACAACAUGACAGAGAUGGAGAAGGUGAAGAGCAUGAUCCAUGAAGCAGGUGCUGGAGAUGCUUGGAUUGGGCUGAAGAGGGGAGAGUGGCAGUGGUCUCUGGCUGGCAGGGAUUUCUACAGAGAGAAUGAAGCAGAGUUCAGGAACUGGGAUUCAGGCUAUCCCAGGGGAGGUCAAGAGAAUUGUCUUAUGAACGCAAAUGGAAAAUGGUCUGAUGACUGGUCUACUAACAUCUGGACUUUCAUCUGCUAUGAUGGAGGAAACUCCACACAUCCCUAUGUGCUGGUUACUGAGGGGAAGAACUGGGAAGAUGCUCAGAUAUACUGCAGAGAGAAACACACAGACCUGGCCAGUGUGAGGAAUCAGGCAGAGAACGACCAGAUAAAGGACAUUAUUGGAGGAACUGCCUGGAUUGGCCUGUUCAGAGAUGCCUGGUCAGAGUGGUCAGAUGGCAGCAGCUCCUCAUUUCGCCACUGGAACACUGGAGAACCCAAUAAUCCGGGUGUGGGGUGCACUCAAUUUACGCCCAGUGGUCAGUGGAAUGAUGUAGGCUGUCACAAUCCUAGUCACUUCAUCUGCUAUGGAGAUCCCAAAGAUGUGACGAGAGUGAAGCUUCAGGUAGCUUCUCAUGUGAACAUCAAUGACCCUGCCAUGCAGCAGGCCUUCCUACAGCAGAUUCAGCAGAGACUGAGGGAGAGUGGGAUGCCAGCAGGCGCCAAACUGACCUGGAUGAGACAUCCGGAUGGACAGAUCUUCAAAGAGAAGAAGGAGACAAAAGAAGAGGGGAGGAAGAGGAGGAAGAGAACUGAGCUCUAAACACUCUGCUGCUGUUCAUGUGAUGUAUGAAGUGUGUAAACUGGGAGAUGGACACACUGACGGCACACACAGGGCAGUAAACUGAGUGCUCAGCACGUCCAGUUUGUACUUUCAAUGACAAAAAGUCUCACCUGUUAAAAUCCUGGUCAGUCAUUUGUUUUGUUUUACUUCCUUUGUGUCCACCAUAAUGACACCCCUACAGAAUCACUUAAACUCAACUAAUUAUAAACACGUCCACCUGAAAGAAGUAAUAAUAGACUUGUCACACAUAGAUCUGUCUUUGGUUUGAGUUUUAUGAUUCCAAUUUGACCUUCUCUUCUGUCUUGGCUGGUAAUUUCUUUGGUAAUACUGAAUU